AUGGGAGAUUGCCAAGAAGAACUAUCAAACCUCAGCGCCCAGGAUCUUGAGAAGAUAUGGGCAAUAAACGAAAAGAUCUUGCCAGCAGCAGUGGAUCGAUGUGUGCAUGAGCUGUUUGCAGAACAAGCAAAGGCACGGCCUACUGCUCCAGCUCUUUGCGCAUGGGAUGGCGAAAUGACUUACGACGAGCUAGACAGGCUAUCUAGCCAACUAGCAAAUCAUCUUAUCCACAACCUAGAAGUUAAACCCGAAGAUAUAGUGCCGCUAUGCUUCGAAAAGUCUAUGUGGACGAUCGUAGCUAUACUAGCAGUACUCAAAGCUGGCGGGGCUUUUGUGCCACUAGAUCCUGAUCAUCCAGCCAGUCGACACGAGGAGAUCUUCAAGCAGACAGAGGCUAAAUUAGUCCUCACAUCGGUGCAACAUGCGAUGUUGUGGCCGGACCCAGCUCGCCAUGUUGUUCCGAUUGGUGAGGCCUUCGUCAGUCAGCUGUCAUCUACCGAAAACAUGAAAGAGGCUACAGUCAACCCAAGUAAUACUGCCUAUAUUAUGUUCACGUCCGGAAGCACUGGAAUCCCAAAGGGUGUUGUUUUGGAACAUCGUGCAGUCUCUACAAGCUGUCUAAGCCAUGGGAAGGCAAUUGGGCUCAAACCAGAUACCCGAGCCCUUCAAUUCGCCACCUACACGUUUGAUGCGUGUAUAGCUGAGAUUAUCACACCGCUAUUACACGGCAGUUGCAUCUGUAUCCCUUCUGAAGACGAUCGGCAGAAUGCUCUACCAGAGGCAAUCAACACCAUGAAUGUAAACUGGGCACAGCUUACCCCAACUGUUGCACGCCUACUAGAUCCUCAAAAAACCCCAUCCCUAAGAACACUUGUUCUUGGAGGAGAACGAGUAAAUGCUGUUGAUUGGGAAAGAUGGGGGGAUAGCGUUGAGCAAAUCAAUGCAUAUGGUCCCACAGAGUGUGCAGUCUGGUGUACUUCGUAUACUAAUGGUGCUCAAGGUUACAAGCCAGGAAUCAUUGGUAAACCUAUUGCUUCAGUCAGCUGGGUCGUCGAUCCAGACGACUGUAACAAGCUCGUCCCCCUUGGUGCGAUCGGCGAAUUGCUAGUUGAGGGACCGAUCCAAGCGCGUGGAUAUCUCAACGACGUAGUGAAGACAGAGGCUGCCUUUAUUAACAACCCCUCCUGGCUAUUGAAUGGCACUAAAACCUCUGCUGGUCGACAAGGAAGGCUUUACAAGACGGGCGACCUAGUCUACUAUAACACAGAUGGCAAUCUGAUGUAUAUAGGCCGUAAAGACAGUCAGGUUAAAGUCAGGGGUCAGCGCGUUGAGCUUAGCGAGAUUGAAUAUCACCUGCAUGAAUGCAUGCCUGAGGUUAAACAGAUGGCAGUUGAAGUAAUCUCACCAGCGGGUGACACGGAUAAGGCUAUGGUAGCAGUUUUCCUGGAGCUGGAUGAAGAAACAUGUGGCACUUAUCAUGUCAGCGAAUCAUUCGGAAGCAAUCCCGCCAUGCGAUUGGCCCGUAUGGACGACACUGACAUAGAGUUGGUUCAGCGAUUGCCAAGCCAUAUGGUUCCUGAAGUGUACUUUGCGAUAGCAAAACUUCCGAUGACAACAUCUACCAAGGUCAACCGGCGACAACUGCGGGAAAUUGGGGCAUCGCUCUCAAUCCAGCAGCUAGCAGAGAUGCGUACGAGCAGCCGAGGCAUUAGUAGGCGACCUGCAGAGACACAGGUGGAACGGACAAUGCAGCAGCUAUGGGCACAGGUGCUAGGCAUUGAGGCGAGCCGUAUCGGCCUGGAUGACAGCUUUUUCCGCCUAGGAGGUGACUCGAUCAGCGCCAUGAGGCUCGUCGCCGAAGCACGCCACCUCGGUCUCAAUCUAACAGUCUAUGACAUUUUCCACGCUCCACGGUUAGGCCAUCUAGCCAACCAGACCAUGCAUCACCUCUCGACUGGCCUCAGUGCCAUCACAAGAGGCGAAUAUUCUGGGCCAGUCGCCCAGUCCUUUGCUCAGAAUCGGCUAUGGUUCCUGGAGGCGCUACACCCGGGUCUGCACUGGUAUCUUGUGCCAAUUGCACUACGCAUCAAUGGCCCUCUUCAACUUGAUGCACUCAAGGCUGCACUGCGGACAAUAGAACAUCGACAUGAAACGCUGCGGACGACCUUUUCUACUCACAAUGGUACAGGCGUACAGCUCGUUCAUCAAUUCUCUGACGAAAAAGACGUUACUGUCAUUGAAGUCCCUUCAAAUGACAAACACCAUCUCCUAGAUGCAUUGCAGGAAGACCAGACAACAUCUUUCUGUCUGCAAAACGAGCCAGGAUGGAGAGUGCGCAUCUACCGACUGAACGAACAGGAACACGUGUUAUCCAUUGUAAUGCAUCACAUCGUCUCUGACGGCUGGUCAUUGGAUGUUCUGAAGAAAGAGCUGGCUGUGCUCUACGCUGCUGCUGUCCGUGGCGAGAACCUGAUCUCGCGGCUAUCGCCUCUACCAGUCCAGUACCGCGAUUUUUCAGCCUGGCAAAGAAUGCCAGAGCAGAUGCAAGGAUAUCAGAAACAGCUUGAAUAUUGGGUAGCCGAACUGCAAUCAAGCCGCCCAGCAGAGUUUUUGUGCGACAAGCCUCGACCAAUGACCCUGUCUGGCAAGGCGGGUGUGCACAAGAUCAGAAUUGACGGUCAGGUUUGCAGCAAACUGCGGCGGUUCUGUAGAACACAUGAAGUGACUCCGUUUGUCGUACUACUUGCCACUUUCCGCGCUGCACACUAUCGUCUUACUGGCCAAGAAGAUGCAACAAUUGGCACUCCUAAUGCCAACCGAGACCAAUGGGAACUUAAAGACAUGAUAGGAUUCUUUGUAAAUAUGCAGUGCAUUCGAAUUAAAGUUGAGGACGACGAAACAUUUAAAGAACUCGUACAGCAGGUCUAUAACACGGUAGUGGCUUCGCUUGCUAACCAAGACGUGCCUUUUGAGAGUGUUGUCUCUACGCUUCAAAGAGAUAGAGAUAUCUCUCGUAACCCCCUCGCACAAGUCGCCUUCGCGCUUCACACGCAGAAAGACCUGGGUAAGCUUACGCUAGAGGGUGUCGACACCAAUAUCAUAGACGUUGCCACUACUUCGCGAUUCGAUCUCGAAUUCCACUUCUUCCAAGAAAGAAGCGGCCUACAGGGCUACAUAUACUUUUCAGAAGACCUGUUUGUUCCGGAGACGAUAGCGUGCCUAGGAUCUGUUUUUGAGACUUUGCUCGACCAAUGUCUUGCCAGACCUGAGACAAAGAUUGCAUCGACGCAGCUUAUGACUAACAAGACAUACGCUCAGCUCGACCAGAUGAAGCUGCUCCAAGUAGACGACAAGCCUGGCACUCGAGCGUCAAACAUCGUCGACGUCUUCCGCGAGCAAGCUGCUGCGUGGUCUUCCAAGGUCGCGAUUAAGGAUACACGUGGAGAGAUGACCUACGACCAGUUGGAUAUCCAGUCAGACAGACUCGCUCAAGCGCUCACAACAAGGGCACUAACUCCUGAAACUGCGAUAGGUGUUCUUGCACUCCGAAGCUGUGAGACGAUCGUGGCCUUUCUCGGCAUUUUAAAAGCAGGAUUAGCCUACGUGCCUUUGGAUGCGAAAUCACCAGCAGAGCGUACGGAGUCUAUAUUAUCAUCUUUCCAAGGGCAGAGACUCGUACUAGUUGGCAUGGAUGUUGAGAUUCCUGUUCUUACAUCAGAAAAUGUCGAGUUCGUACGCAUCGCCGACAUGCUAAACGGGGCCACUGACAACAGUCUUGUCCGGGGUACUUUGGAAGGCAAUCACAGUCUAGGACCCUCCGCCAACAGUAUUGCUUACAUUAUCUUUACCUCAGGCUCCACUGGCCGGCCCAAAGGGGUCAUGGUAGAGCACCGCGGCAUUGUGCGCAUGGCGCAACAUGAUCGCAUCACAGAUUUCCAGUCAACCAAAGCUACAGCGCACAUGGCAAACCUUGCGUUCGACGGAUCGUCAUGGGAGAUAUACACAUGUCUUCUAAAUGGCGGUACUCUUGUCUGCAUCGAUGCCAAUACUGUGCUAGAUCAGGAUGCCUUACUCGAAGUCUUUACUCGACAUAGUAUUCGGAUCGCCUUUUUCACCCCUGCUCUCCUCAAACUCUCUCUAGCCGCAUCCCCGCGCACGAUUGGCGCACUUGACGUGCUACUUGUAGCUGGAGAUCGAGCUGACCCAGGAGAUAUGUUGGCAGCACAGAGCUUGGUGAAAGGUAAGGUAGCUAACGCAUAUGGUCCGACUGAGAACUCGGUCAUGAGCACGUUGUAUAUUUUGACCGAAAACGAGAAGUUUGUAAAUGGUGUGCCUAUCGGUAGAGCCAUCAGCAGCUCGGGCGCCUAUGUUAUGGAUUCUAAGCAGCAGCUUGUGCCACUUGGCGUUAUCGGCGAGCUAGUAGUAACUGGAGACGGUCUUGCACGGGGAUACACAGAUUCUAGGCAGGACAUCGAUCGCUUCAUUGUGGUUACUAUUAGCGGCACUACAAUACGAGCCUACCGGACUGGCGACUAUGUACGGCAGCGACCCAUGGACGGACAACUUGAAUUCUUUGGCCGCAUGGAUGGGCAGGUUAAGAUCCGAGGCCACCGCAUUGAGCUUGGCGAAAUCGAAAGCGUCCUUUGUAGCCACAGAUGCGUGCGCGAUGCCGCGGUGGUGUUGGCACAGAAGGACCAAAGCGACCACGCGAUUUUUGGCUACGUCACGCUUAAGCAAGAAGCUACGAUGACCGAGGAUCCGAUUGAAGACAGCCGCCAGCUACAGCAUGUCAACGCAUGGGAAGAGCGCUUCGAUUCCGAGACUUACGCUCUAAUCGACGGCAUCAAACCUGAGACUGUUGGAAGAGACUUCGUUGGCUGGACAUCCAUGUACGAUGGGAGCGACAUUGACAAGGCUGAGAUGAACGAGUGGCUAGAUGAAACCAUUCGUGCCAUCUUUGCAAUUACUAAUGGCGAGCCAAGGCACAUCCUAGAGAUCGGCUCAGGUACUGGGAUGAUUCUCUUCAAUCUCAGGGACAGCUUGCAGGGCUACGUGGGACUCGAUCCGUCUGAAAAGGCCGUCAGCUUCAUCAUGGAGACAGCUAGGUGUAUCCCUUCGUUCAAAAACAAGGUGCGCAUGUACCAGGCCACAGCAACGGACACUAAUCGCAUAGAACGGCCUCUUACGGCCGACCUAGCUAUUCUAAACUCGGUCGUGCAGUACUUCCCGAGCCAAGAAUAUCUAUUCCGUGUAGUAGAAGAUUUACUCCAUAUUGAAGGUAUAAAGAUGCUAUUCUUUGGUGACAUCCGAUCUCAUGCGCUGCACCGAGAGUUCCUGGCGAUGAGAGCGCUGCAGAUUGCGGGUGAUGGGGCGGGGAAAGAAGACAUCCUGCGUAUAAUGGAAGACAUGGAGCAGGUUGAGCGCGAGCUGCUAGUCGAUCCUGGGUUUUUUACUUCUCUACCAAGUCGUCUACCUGGCCUUGUUGAACAAGUAGAGAUCCAGCCUAAGAAGAUGAAGGCAACUAACGAGCUAAGCUGCUACCGUUACACUGCAAUUGUUCACACCAAGUACGGAAGGGCACUGUGCAAAGAGGUGCGACGUGUCGCUGAAAGCGAGUGGAUUGAUUUCGAGACACAAAAACUGAAUCGUUCAUCUCUUUUGCAGCGACUAGAAAAUCUCUCUAGCGCGCACACUGUAGCCGUCAGCAAUAUUCCACACAGCAAGACCAUCUUUAGUCGAUGCCUUCUAAGCUCCCUGGACAGCCAAACGCCAGUCCAGAGAGAAUGGAUUUCUUCAGUUCGCCAACAGGCCGACCAAACACCGUGUCUGUCUGCUACGGAUCUAAUGGAUAUAGCUGAAGAGGCUGGCUGCCGUGUGGAGAUCAGCUGGAGCAGACAGUACUCUCAGCGCGGGGGGUUAGACUGCAUAUUCUACUCUUGUCAGCCUGAUGAUAAACCAUCUCGAGCGCUGUUUGAGUUCCCUAGCGACCACGCGGAUCGACCACAACACACAUUUAGUAACAGACCGUUGCACCGGCGGUUUGUCAAAGAAGUGCGAUAUCAACUGGAAGAAACCGUGCGGCUCCAACUCCCUGAAUACAUGGUCCCGAAGUCUAUUCAUGUCCUCGAAAAGCUCCCAAUCAACGCGAGUGGCAAAGUGGACCGGAAGGCGCUCACUCAGAAAGCACAACUCAAAACAAGAGGCACUCAAGGCACGAAGCGGCAGCCAAGGACGCAGGCCGAACGGACGAUGCAGCAGCUAUGGGCACAGGUUCUGGGCAUCGAGACGAGCCGCAUCGGCCUGGACGAUAGCUUUUUCCGCCUAGGUGGCGACUCCAUCACCGCUAUGAAGUUGGUAGCCGUGGCUCGUGAGAAACAAGUGGGGACCACAGUCGCGAACAUCUUCCAGUAUCCCAAGCUUGCAGAGAUGGCAGCUCGGGCUAACCAAUGUGCUCCUAUCCUUGGUAGCGACAUUGCUCCAUUCUCUCUGCUGGAUCCUAGCGUAGACCCAGAGCAAGUAUGCAAAGAGGUAGCAGCUGUCUGCAAUAUAGAUCCAAACCUUAUUGAGGAUGUUUAUCCAUGCUCGCCAUUGCAGGAGGGUAUGUUGUCAUUGACAUUGAAGCACGCUGGCGACUACACCAUGCAGUGCGUGCUGGAGCUGCGGGCGGAUGCAAACGAGGAUGCUUUCCGCGCUGCGUGGGAAGAGGUUACUCAAUCUCUACUAGUUUUGCGUACAAGGAUAUUGCAACACAGCACACUGGGCCUCUUACAAGCUGUCUUGGCAGAGAAACCAGAGUGGGUUGUGGCAAACAACCUAGCAACAUACCUGGAUCAAAGUCAAUCAUCACCUAUAGAGCUUGGGCAGCCGCUCGUACAUUUUGCGCUGGUCCGCGAUCAGCAAACAAAGAAGCGCUGGUUUGUAUGGACGAUCCAUCACGCUUUGUACGAUGGCUGGUCGGUUCCUCGCAUCGUGAGCGCGGUCAGAACAAUCUACGAUGGUGGAGUUUUGAGGAAACAGCCUGGCUUCAACUCCUUCAUCAAGUACCUGAGCAAGCAAGACCAGGAUGCUACCGCAACGUACUGGAAGGCUGCACUAGGCGGCUGCACGGCUACUACGCCUUUUCCGCCACUUGUCCCUGGCGUGCAACCACCAAUUGCAGACGCGAUUGUGGAGUAUCAAUGCCCAUCUUUUCCUAGGAUGACAUCUGACGCGACACUUUCCGCUACUAUCCGCGCGGCCUGGGCUAUCCUUAUUAGCCAGUAUACUGGCUUAGAUGACGUGGUAUUUGGUGCUACAGUAAAUGGCCGCAACGCACCUGUGGCUGGCAUCGAAGAUAUAAUUGGCCCGACCAUCGCAACAGUGCCCGUGCGAAUACGCAUAGAUAGUAAAGAAUGGAGCGUGCAAAGGUUUCUUGGAUUAGUACAGAAGCAGGCAACUGACAUGAUCCCGUAUGAACAGACAGGCUUGCAACAGAUUGCAAAACUAGGCCUGGAUGCACAGCAUGCUUGCGGCUUCCAGACAUUACUGGUCGUUCAGCCGACUGGAGACGAACUAGAGGUCAAUAAUGAGUUUGGGAUAUGGGAGAGUGUAUCAGGGCUACAGGGCUUCACUACAUAUGCGCUUAUGGUUCAGUGUACGCCUACUGAAAAGGGGUUGCGAUUCACGGCCAGCUUCGAUGCGAGAGUAAUUAACCAUUGGCGGAUGGAAAAGAUGCUACAUCAGCUUAGCUUUGUCAUACAGCAGCUUACCGCAGCCGAUGCUGGCACAAAGGUUGCUGAGAUUGACACUACGACGCCCGAAGAUAGGGAGCAGCUGUGGACAUGGAACCAGACGGUACCAGCGGCGACCAGUCGAUGUGUGCACGAGCUAUUUGCGGAACAGGCAAAGGCGCGGCCCUCUGCGCUCGCUAUUUGCGCAUGGGAUGGUGAGAUGACCUACAGCGAGCUAGCUAGGCAGUCAACCCAGCUCGCAGGUUAUCUUGUUAAUCUAGGAGUGGGAGUUGAAGACAUAGUGCCGCUAUGCUUCGAAAAGUCUAUCUGGACAGUCGUAGCCAUGCUAGCAGUACUCAAAGCUGGUGGAGCGUUUGUGGCGCUAGAUCCAGAUCACCCAACCAGCCGACACAAGAUGAUUCUCAAGCAGACAUUCAAGCAGAGAGACGCCAAGGUUGUGCUUACAUCAGUACAACAUGCAACAAUGUGGAAAGACUUGGACUUAGCUGGCAAUGUUGUUGCAGUCAGCGAGGCCCUCAUUAGUCGCUUGCCAUCCAGCGAAAUAGACGGAAGCAGGGUACAGCCACACAACACAGCGUACAUUAUCUUCACCUCAGGAAGUACUGGUGUGCCUAAAGGUAUCAUUUUAGAACACAAGGCGCUUUCAACGAGUUGUUUAGGUCACGGAAGAGCAUUUGGCAUGUCGCAUAACACCCGCGUUCUUCAAUUUUCAACUUACACAUUCGACGCUUCUAUGGCGGAGAUUGUUACCACACUCGUGCAUGGUGGAUGUCUAUGUGUACCGUCUGAGAGCGAACGGCGAGAUGGUUUAGCAGAAGCUAUGAAUAAGAUGGACGUUAACUGGGCGAUGUUAACUUCUUCAGUUGCGCGGCUACUGGAUCCAAAAUCCAUUCCAUCUCUCAAAACAUUGGUUCUCGUAGGAGAGCAGGUCACCCCAGCAGAUUGGAAUCGAUGGCCACAUUCUGUGCAGAUGAUAAACGGAUAUGGGCCUUCAGAAUGCUGUAUCAUCUGUACCUGUCAUGCGAAGAAGGAAGACUAUAACUCAGGUACGAUUGGAAAAUCGGUUGCUUCGACAAGCUGGAUUGUACAUCCUGAAAAUCACAACAUGCUAGUACCGUUAGGGUGUGUUGGGGAGCUCUUGGUUGAAGGCCCAAUCCUUGCACGUGGAUACCUUGAGGAUGAAGAGAUGACUAACUCCGUGUUUGUACAUGAUCCCAUCUGGCUACUAGAAGGGUGCAAAAACUAUCCAGGCCGACCAGGAAAGUUAUACAAGACAGGCGACCUAGUUCACUACAACAACUCAGAUGGCACCUUGACAUAUAUUGGACGAAAAGAUAACCAGGUCAAGAUACGUGGGCAACGGAUUGAGUUGGGUGAGAUCGAACACUGUCUAUACGAAUGUAUACCUGGAGUCAAACAGCUAGCAGUCGAGGCUAUCCAACCAUCGGGACAAGGAAGCCAGCCACUGCUAGCAGCUUUCUUACAUCUCCAAAGCAACACUCAGCAUGCUGAGCUCAUAGGCAACACUACCAGAAACGACUCGACAGCACAAUUUGUCCUCCCAGAUGGAGUAGACAAGAGACUGACUGAGAGACUACCAGAGUAUAUGGUACCUACAGUAUUCUUCUCUGUUGCACAGAUGCCUAUGACAGCAUCCAGAAAGACUGAUCGGAGACGAUUGCGGGAGAUUGGGGCCUCAUUCUCGGCUCAACAGCUAGUGGAGAUGCGUACGCGUAGUAAAGGUCCAAAGCGGCAGCCUACAACACAGGCUGAAUUAACGAUGCAGCAUCUAUGGGCAAAAGUGCUAGGCAUUGAGGCGGGCAGCAUCGGCUUAGAUGACAGCUUCUUCCGCCUAGGCGGUGACUCUAUUACCGCCAUGAAGCUCGUCGGCGAAGCUAAAAAACAGUCUAUUCUACUGAAUGUUGCGGACCUCCUUCGCAAUCCAAAGCUGUCGUCUGUUGUUCAUCUUGCACAUCCAGAGCAACAACCAGCUCUGGUAAAUCCCAGUCCCUUCUCUUUAUUAUCCUCAACAAGACAAGAUCACCUUCUCUCCGAGCUAUUGAAGAGCGAUGAGAGUUUGUGUAGCACCGAGGUCUCCGACAUACUUCCAGCGACACACAUGCAACACGUUGUAAUUUCUAGAGGUAUCAGAUCUCGACCUCUAGCCUUCAACUAUCUUUUCCUGGAUAUGGGCUAUGAAGUCGAUAUUCCUCGUCUCAAAGAUGCUUGCUCUACUCUGGUUCAACAUUUUUCAAUGCUCCGGACAAAGUUCGUCUAUCUCGAAGGCAACCUCUGGCAGGUCGUCCUUCGCAGCCCUGGUCUCCGAUUUUCCGAGUUUGAACUUUCCAAACCGCUGGAGAAAGCAUCAGAUGUUAUCUGUACGCAUGACAUUGCACAAUCAUCUCCGACGGAACUACCAACAUCCUUCAUGUUUAUCAAGAGUGCUGACGGGGAGCAUCGUUUAAUCAUUCGCCUUUCCCAUGCACAAUACGAUGGAGUCUGUCUCCCCAAGAUUUUGGACACGCUUUCGUGUAUCUACAAUAGAAAGCCUCUUGGUCCUUCAUACCCUUUUUCAACCUUUUUGGCGUAUGCACAGAGUCAACGUCCCGCUUCGGAGCUGUACUGGCGCAGGCUGCUUCAAGGCUCGAAUAUGAUCAAAAUUACUUCGUUGCUCUGUCCUCGCGUGCCAGAAAGUAACGAUCAAAGUGGGAUAAACGUUGUAAGAAUCAUCAACAUGCCGAAGCUUCCCAAGAACUUGACGACAGCUUCGGUUGUCAGUGCUGCUUGGGCAAUGAUACUUUCACACAUCACUGGGGAAGAAGAUGUCACAUACGCAUCCAUAGUGGCUGGCCGGAACUCUAAUGUCCCCUACAUUUCAGAGAUUGUUGGACCUUGCGUAAACGUCAUUCCAGUUCGCGCGCAAGUUCUGCCAUCCAAGACAUUGACCGAACUCGCAUGUUCUAUUCAAGAUCAAUACACGUCACUUGGAGAAUCGGAUUCCAUGGGGUUCAAGGACAUAGCUCAAAGCUGUACAGACUGGCCAGCCGGCACAAUGUUCGACUCAGUGAUUCAGCACCAAAACAUUGACGAGAACCCAACGAUCGACUUCCCAGGUACAACCGGGCGACUUAAAUGGUUUCAAAACCCUCAUAUGGUGUCUGAUAUCUUAACUGUAAUGUCUCAUCCGCAAAACGGCAGGCUGAAACUUGUGGUUAGUGCCAACACUCACAUCAUAACAAUGGAAAACGCGGACAUGAUCAGUCGGAUGCUCUGUGACACAAUCACAGGGCUAUUUAAUGCAUCACAACAGCUGUAA